AUGGAAGCUAUGAGGGAGAUAGAGGAGGAGGUGGGGGGGAGGAGCGGGGGGGGCGGGAACAGAAGGACCCGCGACCGCUGCGUGGAGUGCUUCAUUCGCCGCUCGCGCAAGACCGGCACGUUCACGCUGUUUCUGGGCGUGCCGCCGAAUUCGACGGAGAACGGCAAGUUCCUGCUCGCGGCGCGCAAGUGCGGCUGGCGGCCGUCAAGCCCGCGUUUUCUCUCGGCGCGGCGUCGCUGGCGCACGGCGGAAGCAGCAGCAGCAGCCGCAAGGUGCAUCCCCGCGGAGCCGCUUUUUCCGCCAACGGUUACCACCACUGUAACCACUGUAGCAAUCGGUGUGGUAACCACCAUUGUGGUUACAACUGUGGCAGCAGCAGCACGGGCAGCAGAGGGGCCGGCACCCCUGUCGCGUGUAACGGUAACUUGGGCAGCUUUAACGGUUCCAGCUGUAGCGGCGCCAGCUGUAGCAGGGGUAGCGACGGGACAGGAUUACUCGGCGCAGGUAUUACCAGCAGUAGUGGCAGCGGCAGCGCCAUUGGUGGUCGGGGCGAUUGUAACUGGCGCAAAUGACGCUGACACGGCCACGUCAGCAGCGGUAUCGUCAAGCCUCCGCGCACAUUCCCCGCUUCCGCCUUCCCCCCUUGCUCGAAGCUUCCCUCUUCCGCGCUGUCUUCCGCCUCUCCCGCCGCCCGUUCUUGCGCAUACAGGCUCAAGUGGGGAAGAGAUGGGUGCGGGAGAGAGAAUGGGGAGCAGUGGUAAGGAGGAGAGCAAUGAGCAGCAGAGCAUGCGAGAGGAGGGUGUGGAAGCAGGGGGGCAGUGGGAGAAGAAGAGUCAAGAGGAGAGCAGUCCGGAGGACGGGAGUUUAGAGGAGGGGAAUCAGCAGGAGGAGUGUGGGGAUUGGCCGACAGACGGCGCGUGUGAGCAGCAGGAGAGCAGUGGAGAGGGAAGGAGUGAGCAGGAGGGCAAUCAGGGUUGGUUGCAAGGCGGAGGUUUCCAGUGCUGGUGCUUGAACUUCAGGGGGCGAGUGACAGUGGCUUCAGUGAAGAACUUCCAGCUGAUCGAGGGGGGCGGGCCGGGGAACGACUCUGACAAGCCGUGUUGGUGCCUCAACUUCCGUGGCCGCGUGACAGUAGCAUCAGUGAAGAAUUUUCAGCUGAUAGAGGGGGGCGGGCCGGGGAACGACUCGGACAAGCCGGUGCUGCUGCAGUUCGGGAAGAUUGACAAGGACGCUUUUACUAUGGACUACAGAUAUCCACUCACGGCCUUCCAGAUUGGCAAGGACACGUUCACCAUGGACUACAGAUACCCGCUUACUGCCUUCCAGCUCAUAGAGAGGAGCGGACCGGGGAACGACUCUGAUAAGCCAGUGCUGCUGCAGUGUGGGAAGAUUGGCAAGGACACGUUCACCAUGGACUACAGAUACCCGCUUACUGCCUUCCAGCUCAUAGAGAGGAGCGGACCGGGGAACGACUCUGAUAAGCCAGUGCUGCUGCAGUGUGGGAAGAUUGGCAAGGACACUUUCACCAUGGAUAACAGAUACCCGCUUACUGACUCCAGGUGGGUAGUGAAGUGCUGUUUCAUGUGGUUAAAAAUCGGUGCUCUGCCAGUGCUGCUGCUGCAGUUUGGCAAGAUCGGCAAGGACACAUUCACCAUGGACUACAGAUACCCGCUCACGGCCUUCCAGGUGGGUAGUGCUGCGUGUUCAGGGUGA